AUGAGCAAGGCAGUCAGCCAGGGGAGACCCAGCGCUCCGCUAAAGUUCACCAUCGACAGCAUCCUGAACCUGAAGCGAAGCGACAGCGGUAAGGAUGCUCAGCAGCAGAGACAGCAGCAGGAGGAGGAAAGGUGCAGGGGAUCACCGCUACCACAGCCGGACAGGAGAGGAGAUGUGUGGAGAUCCCCAGACAUCCGAUUUCACUCCCCGACAUCGGACUCAGACAGCAGGAUACACGAGCCAGGCUCGAGGGAUGUGGGGUUCUGCGGGAAACUGCACCGCGCGCUCCCCGUGGACAGAGAUGACAGCUCGGACGUGGAAGUGAGCGACGCCUGCCCCGCCACCGAGAGUCUCAGCGUCAGCAGCGAGGAUAACAACAACACCAACGACAGCCACUCGGACCCGCUGAAUAAAUGCAAGAAGCCCAAAGCGCUGGCCAAAAAGAAAACGCGCACCAUCUUCUCCAAGCGCCAGAUCUUCCAGUUGGAGUCUACCUUCGACAUGAAGCGCUACCUAAGCAGCGCUGAGCGCGCCUGUCUCGCCAGCUCUUUACAGCUCACCGAGACACAAGUCAAAAUUUGGUUCCAGAAUCGCAGGAAUAAACUCAAGCGGCAGCUGUCCACGGACUACGAAGGCACAGCACCAACGGACCUGUUCUCGGACGCGGGAAAGGCGGUGCAGUUGCCCGCUGCGCUGUACAAAGAGAACAACAUCAGCAACCUCCUAGGUGGAUGUGUAUUGCCCGUUCCGUUGCCGCUCAUGUACGGGAAUAGCUCGCCUUAUCUGUAUUUCUCCAGUGCCAGCAAGUACCUGGGUCUGUUUGAAGGAGACGUAUAA